GCGUUCUUAUCCGCUAAAUCUGUUUCAGAAUCUUUGCCUCUAUCCUUCUAAUUCCUAUCACUCUUCGACAUGGAAAAGCAGUGACACGACCCCGAGAAUCCAGUACCCAGCAAUGUUACAAAGGCUUCCUAAAGCCCUCCGAUCUUCUCAACCCCUCAAUCUUCCUUCUCCGACACCCUCGCCACCGUCUCCUUCACAGCUCCAACCUUCACCCACCACAUCUCCAUCUCUUCCCAUCCUCAGCCUCAAUUGCAGGCUAUCACGUCGACAGCUCACAGUUUGCAGCAACUCUUGCUUGCUUCUUCUUCUGGGUGCUCAGGCACUGCCUCUUCCCCCAUCUUUAAGAGCCCAAGAUAGUGACCAGACUCCAGAGAAUUCGACUGUCGAUUCUAAUGGCUGCACCGAAAGAAAAACCACCAAGACCGUCUUCUUUGACAUCUCCAUUGAUGGUGAACCUGCUGGUCGCAUUACCAUGGGGCUUUAUGGAGAUGAUGUCCCCGCUGGGGUUGACAGGUUUACCAAGAUUGUUAACGGAACUGCGGGCAUUAGCUACAGAAGAAAAGAGUUUAUCAAAAUCAUGCCCAACUACGUUCAACAUGGUGGAGUUAGAUCCUAUGGGGCGGAUGCAGAAGCUGCAAAGAGGACAGGAAGCAACUUGGCAACUGAGAGUCUUGUUGAAGAGUGGGAGAGAACGUACGAGGGAUGUGCAGGCACCAAGAACUUGGCCGGAAGCGUGGGCGUUAUUGUGAGAGAUCCAUCAAAACCGCCUCCAAAGCUGAAGCUGGUUGCAAGAAAAGGGAAGCUAGAGAUUGAUCAAGAGGAGGUUGGAGUUGAACCAAAUGGGACUGAGUUUGUGAUUGCCACAAAGGAUUCUCCGGAAUUGGAUGCAUCAGCUCUUGUUAUUGGAAGAGUGGUGGAAGGAGUGGAGGUUGUAAAGAGGAUUGCACAGGUGAAAACUGUCCAAGAGAAUACUGGUUCUCCUUAUUUCAGGGUAGCAAAACUAAUAGGAGACAAGAGGGCUGUUGUGGCAGAAAGAGGGUUCAAUCGCCCUUAUUCAAAAGUUGUGGUUACAAACUGUGGUGUAUUGGGGUGACAAGAAGUAAUAUUCAUUCCCUUUCUCUGCUUUAUUUCCUUUGUAUGAGAUCGCGCCUCAUAUAUACCGAACUCCAUUGUCUGAUACUGUGUAAUGCCUGCUGUUUUUGUUGCAAAAUGCAAAUGAGAGGAAAGUAAAAUUACAGAUCUACCCUAAA